CCGGAAACGAAAAAAGCACGACGUCAAUUUAUCAGGUGUAUGGGAUACAAAUCUGUAUUUAUUCUUUGUGGUAAGGAAUCGUUAUAUUUGGAUUAACGGAAGAAUAACGUUGAAAGUAAAACUAGCAUAGCAUGUCAUCAUUCGGUGUGCCACCGCCUCUCUUGCCUGAUGGCGCUAAGGAUGGUUUUGUUCGAGUGCGGAAAAGAGACCUGGAAAGGUUACGCACACAGGUCAUGCAGUUAAGGGAGUUCCUGCCUCGAGUAGUGAACAGUGAUUUGAUUGACAUGCUACACAAAAUUAGAGUAACAAAAGCAGUGAAAGAGCAACAAGCACAGGAACGGGAGCUUUUACAGCAAGAGUGUCUUCAUCUUCAGUCCAGACUGGAGGCACUACAAAUUGAAUGUCACAGGGAAAGAGAGGAAAAAUUGAUGUUGUGUGAGAAGCUCUGGCAGAGUGGAACCGAGUUGCAGCAGCAGGCCGACUACUGCUUCAGUCUUGGUUCUGUAGUCUGCAGCCUGUUGUGGAACUGCUCUGCAACUGAAGACACAGUUAAACAGUGGCUAGCUGAUGGAAGCCUGCCGGCUUUUCUAGCGGUGGCCACUCAGACUCUGGGGAGCUUCAUGAAGACUCUGGAUGAGAACGUGACGAGUCAAUCCGAGGACUGUAACACCCAAGAGUAUCAGUUUAUUUUGGCGCUAACUGGAACCAUUACCAACAUAGCAGCUGUAACCAGUGGGCGGGACUUCUUGUCCAUCUCAGCACAUGAUCUGUUGGACAUGCUGAUGAAACUGUUAGAGCUAAUGAAGCCUGAUGUAUUCCCUAAACUGAAAGUGUUGAUGCUAAUGGCUCUUUAUAAUGCCAGUAUCAGUGUCAAGGGACUCAAGUACAUGAUUGAGAACUCAGCACUUCUGCCUCUUAUUCGGACUCUGCUUGAAGACAAAUCCUGGGAAGUGUGCUUUCACGGUCUGCGUCUGCUGCAGUCAGUGCUGUUGGAAAAUAUAGCGGAGUCUCACCUAGGUGCCAAUCUGCUUGAUUCAGACCUCCAGGCCCGAAUUAGCACUUUUACGUCUAGUGUUCAGCCUAGCUUGAGACUAUUGGCUCAGCAAACCUUGGCGGACCUCCAGGUACUCAUGCAGGUUCAAGGAUGUAAACAGAACAAACGGUGACAUGCCUUUCAGUGUUUUUGUCCUGUUUUCCUGUUUGCUUUUCCCUUGUUUUGUUCUGGUUGGGGAAGAGUCAUGGUACAGAGGAUUUACCACAACAGUUAAAUGAGCCCGUGUGCGUGUGUGCGUGCGCAUAUGUACGUAUAUACACAUUUACAUAUGUGUAUAAAAAACUAUUUAAAGAAUUGAAACUGACAUGUUUGGGUGUAUGGUGUUAUUUUGUAAACAUCUAUGUAUGUCAUGUCAGAGUUGUGUGCAAGAAA